AUGCUCGGCAGGUCCGGGUACCGGGCGCUGCCCCUGGGGGACUUUGACCGUUUCCAGCAGUCGAGCUUCGGCUUCCUGGGCUCGCAGAAGGGCUGCUUGUCCCCGGAGCGGGGCGGCGUGGGGCCGGGGGCCGAUGCGCCUCAGAGCUGGCCUUCCUACCUCUGCCAUGGCCUCAUCAGUUUCCUGGGGUUCUUGCUGCUACUGAUCACCUUCCCCAUUUCUGGCUGGUUUGCCUUGAAGAUUGUGCCCACUUAUGAGCGGAUGAUCGUGUUUCGACUGGGCCGGAUCCGCACCCCUCAGGGGCCUGGCAUGGUUCUGCUCUUGCCCUUCAUCGACUCCUUUCAGCGGGUGGAUUUGAGGACACGAGCUUUCAAUGUCCCUCCCUGUAAGCUGGCCUCUAAGGAUGGGGCUGUGCUGUCUGUGGGGGCCGAUGUCCAGUUCCGCAUCUGGGAUCCGGUACUGUCUGUGAUGACUGUGAAGGACCUGAACAUGGCCACACGCAUGACGGCCCAGAAUGCCAUGACCAAGGCCCUGCUCAAGAGGCCUCUGCGGGAGAUCCAGAUGGAGAAGCUCAAGAUCAGCGACCAGCUCCUGCUGGAAAUCAAUGAUGUGACCAGGGCCUGGGGGCUGGAGGUGGACCGAGUGGAACUAGCAGUGGAGGCGGUGCUCCAGCCACCCCAGGACAGCCCAGCGGGGCCCAGCUUGGACAGCACCCUCCAGCAGCUGGCCCUCCACUUCCUGGGAGGAGGCCUGUCCUCUGUGGCGGGAGGUGCCUCACCCCCAGGGCCAGCAGACACCUUGGAGAUGGUGAGCGAAGUUGAGCAGCCUGUCCCUCACGUUGGUGCUGGGCUCAGCCCAAAGCAGCCCGUGGCCGAGGGGCUGCUGAAUGCCCUGCAGCCCUCCCUGUCGGAGGCCCUGGUCAGCCAAGUCGGGGCCUGCUACCAGUUCAAUGUCAUCCUGCCCAGUGGGACCCAGAGUAUCUACUUCCUAGACCUCACUACAGGGCACGGGAGGGUAGGACACGGGGUGCCUGACGGUACCCCUGAUGUGGUGGUGGAGAUGGCGGAGGCAGACCUGCGGGCCCUUCUGUGCAGGGAGUUGCGGCCCUUGGGGGCCUACAUGAGUGGGCGGCUAAAGGUGAAGGGGGACUUGGCCGUGGCCAUGAAGCUGGAGGCUGUCCUCAGGGCCCUGAAGUAGCAGCUUUGGCUGACUGUCUAUAGCCCAGCCCCGAGUCUGGCGUCAAGCCAGGGGUCAUCGUGGAGGAGGCGGCACUGGUGCCACACCUUGGAUUGUUGAGGCCCUAAGAAGUUUCAGGCUCAGCCAGGAGCCAGUGAAUGGAGGCUGGCAGACACCAGAGGCUGGGAGAGACUGGUGCCUUGCCCUUCUCACUUCGAGGGCUUCUCUGGACAAGCCUUUGCCCAUCCCGGUCCUCGGCUGCAUGCUCAGCCCCGAGCUGGGUACACAGCGUGAUGACAAGAGAGCCAGGCCUGCUCCGCUCUGCUGGCUACCUGACUGGAGAGGCAGGGCCUACAGAGACAGCCUGACCGCAACGGGUUUGGUCCCAGUGUGAGGGAGCCAAGCAUGUUUCUCAGGUCCCAGCUCCAGAGUGGGGAUCAGAGUGGUCGAGUGGGGGAGAAGGAAGGCAGCCACCAAGAAGAGUCACUGCAGGGCAGGGAUUUGGGGAUCGAGCUGGGCCUGCCUCCCUGGUUGUCAUUUAGGCCCAGGCCAGUGGGCAGUGGGGAUGGAAAAGCGUGGGGCCUUCUCUGCCUCUGGCCCUGCUCCUGAAGAUGUCUUGGCUCAUCUCUCAGCUCCGUCUUGCAUGCCUGACGGGCUGGGGCCCAGGGCAGCAUGUAGGAGAGCCCUGCUGUUCCUGUGCUUUUUACCAGAGGUUUGCAAACCACUAAUAAAUGUGCUGUUUACAAUGUAUUGAAGAGAAGUGGGGGCAUGGGGGUGGGUUGGGGGGCCCCCUGAGGCCAUGCCCCUAUUGCCACCCAGGCAAGGACCAGGGCUGGGAGGCUGAUGCACCCUUAAUAUAUGUGUGUGAAUCACCCACAGUUCCCCUUCCUGCCAAGGGUUUCAGAGACCCUGGGGCAGGUGCAGGCUCUUCUGUUUCUCUUUGGGGUAGAGGUUCACCAGGAAAGAGAGGGUAUGGGUGUGUCAGGGCUGGUCCUGCAGACACCCUCCCAAGGGGCAGGGUGGGGAGUCUGAUCACAUUCAGGAGAUGAGUCAGGGCUGCUGUUAGCUCCCCAUCGAGUCAGGGCUGCUGUUAGCUCCCCAUCGAGUCAGGCCUGCUGUUAGCUCCCCGUCCUCUUUCCCCCAGGGCCCCUGUUUCUCCAGCAGAGGAAGGGAAGGAACAGAAGGAACUGGGCCUGGAGGCCUGGCUGGGGCUUUAGCCCUGGGAGCCCGGCGCAGCUUUCUGCUCCAGUGCUCCAGCCCAAACCCCAGGGACCCUGGGAAGGGGACUUUUACUUCUUCAGCCCUAAGAAAUGAAUCUCACUUCCUGGAAAGGCUUGUGAAAAAAGAAACCCACAGAAAUCGGGACCUCCCCUUUGCGAAACAGCCCUGGGCUUGUCCUUUGGCACCAGGCUGUUCCCCUUGGGGCCUCUCCAGCUCCCCUGGCACCAGGCCCCGGCUGCUUUUCCCCUUUGUUCCUGUGAGUGCCUGCCUUUCUGCUCCUCUGGUAAGUCUUUGUAGCAUGGACUGCGUGGCCUUGGGGUUCAAGUUUCAGCUCCAGGGCCCCCAUCUUGGAGGGCCAGAGCCCUGGCCAGCUGCCCCCGCUCUGCCCUCAGCUGGAGGCCGCCUUCCCUGCAGUCCCUCCCAUCCCCGCCAGCCACUCUCUUGCCACCCUCCAGGCCUAGUGGGGCACGGGCCUCUGCUCUCCACUGGGCCCCCCUCCACACUGGGGCUGUUCCCCACUGUCUGCGUCAUUGUUCCUUGCAUUGGUGCCUGCCCUCCCUGCAGGACUGUGAGCUUCAUGCGUGAGCUGUUCAUCCAUUCCUCCGGGGCAGCACACAGUGUACCGGGAGUUUAUGGGAAAGCCCCACGUCUUCAUCAUGAAAACGGAGGAGAAAUCGAAACUCAGAUUAUCUUUGUGGGUGUGGGAGGAUCAACAUGACAUUUACAGGAAACGGAAUCUUCUGGAUGUCUGUAUAGCUGGGGAGUUAAGGCCUGCCACUAAUUGCCCCUGUUGAGGGACACUCAUUCCUUGACGAGGCCAGCACUCCAGAACGGGAGUUCUUUCCCACAGGUUUAAGGGCCCCUGGGCUUCUGAGGACUGAGAAGACCUUGCAGUCUGCUGGGGAAGGCAAAGGGCGCUUAACAGGGCUAGAGUGUGAGGAGGGAGGGAGAAAGUGUCAAUCAGAGGAGGCUUCCCGGAGGAGGUGAUACCCUUGCAGCCACAGGGCAGGUGAUGAGAGAAGAAAAGAAAUGGGGCAAAGCAUGCCACAGAGGGGCUAGCCCCUGCGAGGACACAGCCAGAAGAGGCAGCUGAGCGCCUCUGAUUUUGGGAACUGGAACCUCAAGUGUGUGGGGGGGUGCAUGGAUUUGGGGGAGAGGGGUUAGAAAACAGUAAUGCCGUACCAUAUAUGUGCCUGCACUGAACUAGACUUGCUGUAUGUCAUUUUUUUCCUCAAGAUAACCUUGUGAAAAAUGAUAAGUAAAAUGCUCACGUUGAUGUAUGUGUAAUGUAUUAUUUUGAUGUUAUUUAAAAAAUAAGUAAAUUUUGAA